AUGAAGCUUCAACUCAGUGCCUUGGUCCUUUUGGGCUUUCUGCUGUGCGCCGUGAAUGCCGAGAAAUCAGCACAAUUGAAAGGUCGUCGUUCAUCCUACUUCAAUGAGCCUACCCUUGCCAAAUUUCGGUCCGAAGAGGCUCCGCAAUUAGCCGAUGCCGCUGCUGUUGAUGAAGGUGCGGACACUGAGAAAGCUGGCGUAGCUUCCGCUAGCAGCACUGGCAACAAAGACGCCUCCAGUGGACGCCUCUUCCUCAAAAAGUUCCUGUUGUUUAAAAAUAUGUUCGGGCAGAGCCAGCAGCCCGUCAUACCCAUCAUUAUCACGGGCGCUGGCACAGGCACUGGCACAGCAAGUCCGACGGCCACUAUCACAUCGACAGGCACCAUACCUUCGGCGACUGGUACGAUCACAACCUCACCCACCACAACAGCAACAUCGGGACGUGAAUAUGGCGCCGAGCAGGACGACGAGCAGGAUAAUGGCGAGGAGGAGAGUGAAGGUGCAGCUGGCGCUGCAGAGCUGGUCGAUGAACAGACGCUGCAGGCGGCGCUUGCGGCUGGCGCUCAGGAGUACGAAGUGAUCACCGACAAGGAGGUGCAUGGCACCGGUAGCACCGAGAGCAAGGCCACCCAGCCCUCACGCAUCAAUUUGCGCCGCAAGGGCAACCGUCGCGGCCAGGUGAUCAGUGUGCGCAUUCCCCCCCGCUACCGUCGCUACUUCAAGAACGGCCAGAGGGUUAUGCUGAACACCAACAGCCGGCCUUACAGGAAGCGCGUGAUAAGGAAGCGCGUCCAAAACAAUCGCAGGCGCGGUGGAAAUAAGAACAAGAAGAACAAAGGCAAGCGCACGCGCAUUACGGGAGUCUAA